AUGCCUCUUUUCGGUCGACGAUUAUUUCAUCUUAAUGAAGAUGAUAAUAAUAAUAAUGAACAUGAAGAAAUUUAUACAAUUGAACAUACAGGAGAAAAAUUUCAUAGUAAAGAAUUAUAUGAAAAAUUAAAAAAAGCAUAUGAACUAGAACGUUGGACAUGUGAAUGUACAUGGAGAGCUAGUUUAACACAUAAAGAAGCUUAUGAAUCAGAAAUUGAAACACGAAAAUCAUUAUUAACUAUUGUACCUGAUUAUUUUCAUAAAAUUAUUUUUGAUAUUCUUUAUCAUAGUGUUAAGCCAUUGGAAAAAGUAGCUGAAGAAGUAUCAAUUUUACUAGGACAAGGUUUUGUUGUUGGUGAACCAGUUCAAUUUAAAAAACGAAAGGAUUCUACAGUUGUGAAAGGUAUUAUAGAACGAAUUGAUGAAAAUGAGGAACGUAAACGAACAUCAGAACGUGCAUCAGCUCAAGCUAAACCAUUAUCAGAUAAACAAAUGAAAAAUGUCAAAUAUGCAAUUCGUUUAUCGGAGGACGAUCGUGUUAUUAGUAAUGUUCAUCCAAAUGAAUUGCAACGAAGUAAUUUAUUACCAAAUCGUGAAAAAUUAAAGACAUUUAUUCGUUCAUAUGGUAUUCGACUUGGCAAUCGAGCAGAUAGUCCGUGGGUGUUUUACGAUGAUUCAAUAAAAGAAAAAUAUCAAAUAAAAGAUCGAGUAUCUUCAGAAGAUAUUGAAAAAUUUAAAAAAUCAAUGACUAUUACACUUGAUGAAAUCAUCCGUGAACAAGAACGAAUUGUACGAAAACAAGCUGAAGAAGAAGAAGUUGCUUUACUUGGGGAAAAUAAAAAAUCUAAUGCAAAUAAUACUUCAUCUCAAAACGGUCAUGUUAAUGAUGAUGACAUAAUCUUAUCUGAUGAUGAAGAUAAACCUAAAAGUCCAAAGAAGAAAGGAAAAUCAACUCCAACAGCAACAACACCAAAAAAAUCGUCUCAAUCAAUAGUAUCUCCUAGAAAAAAAUCUCAUUCACCAACAAAACAAAAAACUCCAACAAAAACAAAAAAACAAUUAACAUUACAUGACAUGAAAUUUGCAAAGAAAUCUUCGAAUUCCAAUGAACUUCUCUUACAAAAAUCGUCAUCAACAUCUGUAACAACAUAUAAUAUUGCUGUACCUUAUUCUUUAUUACAAAAAUUAGAUAAAACACGUCGUGAUCGUGGUAUUCAAUCAAGGGUAUUUCAACGUUUAGUACUUCAUUGUGCACGUUCAUUAAAUGAUAAACAACGUUUACGUUUACCAGAUGAAUAUCGUUCAUUGAUUCAAAGUAAAUAUGAAGAAUUAGAAUUAAAACGACGUUUAUCUGAAAUGACUGAACAAGAAAAAAAAACUUUUCUCCAAACAAAACAUAAACAAAAACAAUUAGAACAAAAGUCAUGCGAAGAUUUAGAUUUAACAUCUUCAAAAACUCUACCAUUACCUAAACCCAUUCAAGGAUUAACAUCUAUACCAUCACAUUAUACGGGUGAUUUACUUGUUAUAUGUACAUUUUUUACUUCAUGUCAUUCAUUAUUUUUUUCCUCAUUAACUGAUGAUUUAUCUAAAACAGCUCAACAAUUUUUACGUUCAUUUAAACAUAAUCAUUUAUUACAAGCUUAUUUAACAUCAUCAACAACAAUAUUUUUUAAUUGUUUUAUUGAACUUUUGCAAAUCUUGAUGAAAUUAUUAUUUAAAGAAGAUGACAAUCGUUUAAAUAACGAUGAUAAUAAUAAUCAUGAUGAAGAAGAUAAACAACAGCAACUACAACAAUUAAAUAAUGAACAACAUGAUAUGGAAACAAAUCAUAUUGAACAAAUAACUAUUGAUGAUGAUAUUGAACAAGUUUAUGAUGUUAAAUUAGCUGAUAUACCAUUAACACAAUUUACAUGUCAAGAGUUAACACGUUUAUAUUUAAUAAAAGAAAAAAAUGAAAAUAUUCGAAAAAUUGCAGAUAAAUUAGCCAAUUUAGAAUCAAAAGAUUUUUUAAUUUCAGAACAAAUUGAUCUUUUGUUAUUAUUAGUAAAUAUGAUAACAACAGAUAGCGAAAUUAUGUCGGAUUAUUUUGAAUAUUUAACUCGUACAAUGUCUGAAUCAUUUCGUGAACGUAAUCAAUUAUUAGCUGAACGUCGUAAAGCACAAGAAGAAGAUAGUAAACAGAAAAAACUUCAAUUACAAAAUGGUGAAAAUGGAAAAAUUGCAUCUAAAAAACAAAAUAAAUCUGGACUAUUAUUAACACCUAAAAAUAGUAUUGGUGGUACAACAAAUGAUGAAAAUCAUCAAUCAUCACCUUCUGCACUUCAUGACGACAAUGGCGAGAUUGAUAGUGGUGGUGAUGAUGAUGAUCUUAAAACUGUUAUACAAAGACGAAGACAAAUGGUUGCUAUGUCAAAAGAAUUAAAAGAAAAACGUGAACUAGAAACACAAAAAAUUUAUAAUGAACAAAAAAGAGAGUUAGCUAUUCAAAAAGCUGAACAAGCUUAUCAAGAAGCAAUGCUUAAUCUUCAAUUUGGUUUUCGAAUUAAACCAUUAGGUUUCGAUCGUAAUUACAAUCGAUAUUGGUUUUUCAAAGGUUAUGCUGGUUUAUUUGUAGAAAAAGGUUGGAUUGGUUCUGAUAUAAGUUAUUCCGCUCAAAUCUCCUCAUCUCAAGAUGUAUCCUUUUCUCGUUCAUCGUCAAUUAUCAAUGGUGAAAAAUUAAUUCCAAAAGACGAGGUAAAUCAAUGGUGGGCAUAUGAUAAUGAAACAACUAUUCAGCAAUUACUACAAUCAUUAAAUAAUCGUGGCAUUCGUGAACAUAAUUUAAUAGAAAAUAUUAAAAAAAUUAUGCCAAUUUUACAUACAGAAUUUGAACAAAUAAAAAAGGAGCCAACCUCCAUUGAACAACCAUCCGAAGAAUCUGUAUCAAAUACUGGAGUCUCCAAUGAUGAACAACAGCAGCAGCAGCAACAAUCAAAUGAUAUAAUACUAUCAUUUAAAAAUGAACUGGAAGAUAUCGAACAACGUUUACGUCUUGGAUCAUUAGGUGGUUUUAUUAUUAAUGAUAAUCUCAUUGAAUGGCAAACAAAAUUGAAAGAAUCCAAUGAACGUUUUGAUUUAGCUGAAUUACUUAUACAAUUACAGCAAACUAUCGCUGAAAAAUAUGCCUCAGGUAUAUUUGGUACAUAUGAAAAUCAAUCAAAAACUUCGAAAAAUUCAUCAAAAAAGAAAGCUGUAGUUAAUAAAUCGGCAAUAACAAAUCAACAUAAUUUACAACUAUGGAUGAAUGAUUGUCGAACAUGUAAAACAUUUUCACGUUUAUAUGUUUUGAUGAUGAUCUUUGAAAAUUCUAUUGCAUGGAGUAAAUCAACCGUUGGAAUUAAAUGUAAAAUAUGUCGUCGAAAACAUAAAGAUGAAUAUAUUGUUGUAUGUGAUCAAUGCUGUCAAGGUUAUCAUUUUGAAUGUUUACGUGGUUAUUCAUUAGAUAAUACAAAAAAUUCUAUAAAUGAUUUAUGGUAUUGUCCAGCAUGUCGUCCACAAUCAACAUCAAAACGACGUUAUGAAAAAAGAGAAAAAAAAUCAAAAAAUGAUUAUUAUGAUGCUGAUAUAUAUGAUAUGGAUGUUGAUACAACAUCAAAUUUAAGUAGUCAUGAACAUAAUCAAGAUGUAUCAGAUUUAAAUAGUGAACAAAGUCAUAAUAAUAAUACAAAUAAUCAUGAUGAUGAUAUAGAUGAAUCAAAUGAAGAAACUUCAUGUUGUGUUUGUGCCGGAGAAGCAAGUGAUGAUAAUGAAUUAAUACAAUGUAUACAAUGUCGAAGUUUAUAUCAUUGUCAAUGCCAUGAACCACCGUUGAGAUGUCCACCAAGAUCAACUACAUGGAUGUGUAAUAGUUGUAGAAAUGGAAUUAAUAAUGAAACAGAUCAGCCAACUCGACGAGUACAAACACGCAGACAAGUGGCAAUAAAAAAAAGAGCACAAAAAACUAAAAUACAACCACAAAGACAUAAUGGAACACGUAGAACUGCACGUAAAAAUUAUCGUGAACUUGAAGAAGAUGAAGAAGAAGAAGAAGAGGAAGAGGAAGAAGAAAUAGGAAAUGAUGAAGAAAGUGACUAUGAACAAGAAUCAAGAAAUCAAAGACGUUCAAAACGUUUACGUCGUUCAAGUCCAUCGUCAACAGCUGACGAAAAUGAUGAUGUAAAACGUCCACGUCGAAGAGUACGCAUAGCAAAAUCAUCAUCUUCUUCUUCGUCGUCGCCAUCAGUAUCAGAUGAAGAACAAAUACUGGCAAAUCUUAAUGAUGAAGAAAGUGAUGUGGAACAAGAUGAAAACGAAAAUGAAGAUGAUGAAGAGCAAGAGCAAGAGCAAGAACAACAACAAGAUCAACAACAAACAGAGAAUGGAGAUAUGGAAGCUAAUUCACCGUCCUCAAAAUAG